CUGGUAUAAAAACAACCAGCAGACUCUUACAUAGCUACAGUGCUCUCCUUCUGCAACACAUCUCACAUUGGCUUCCUAGACGGACAGUUCACUAGGGACAGUUGGAAAAUGGAGGCAGUCACGGAUGCCUUUCAGAGCUAUGGGGUGAGCACCACUAAUUACCUCCAGACCAACUAUAAGGAUGCACAGGGUUUGUUCCUGUGGGUGUCCUGGGCUGCUGACCUCAGGAACACCUUCUUCAUCUUCUUCCCCCUCUGGUUCCACCUGCGGGAGUCGGUGGGUAUCAAACUCAUCUGGGUGGCAGUGAUCGGCGACUGGCUCAACCUGGUCUUCAAGUGGAUUCUGUUUGGCGAGAGGCCGUAUUGGUGGGUUCAUGAAACACCUUACUACAGCAAUACCACUGCACCUCACAUUGAACAAUACCCCAUGACCUGUGAGACUGGCCCAGGCAGUCCCUCUGGCCACGCUAUGGGAGCCGCAAGCAUCUACUACACACUGGUCACCUCCAUCCUAGCCAUCAUGCUGACCAAGAAGAAGACGAGAGCUUCCACCAAGGGCAUGUAUCUGCGGGGCACUUUGUGGGCAUUCUUCUGGGCCGUCCAGGUGUGUGUCUGUCUCUCCAGAGUCUUCAUUGCUGCCCACUUCCCCCACCAAGUCAUCUGUGGAGUCAUCACAGGUAUUGUUGUGGCCGAGGCCUUCAACAGAACCCAGUGGAUCUACGGAGCCAGUCUGAAGAAGUACUUCUACACCACCGUUUUCCUGCUCUCCUUCGCUGUUGGCUUCUACGUGCUGCUGAAGGCUCUGGGCGUGGACCUGCUGUGGACCCUGGAGAAAGCCCAGAAGUGGUGUGUAAGGGCUGAAUGGGUCCACAUGGACUCCACUCCCUUCGCCAGCCUCCUGCGCAACAUGGGCACCCUGUUUGGCCUGGGCCUGGGCGUGCACUCGCCCCUCUACACCGAGAGCAAGAAGAACAGCAGCACCCCCUUCAGGGUGGGAUGUAUCGUUACCUCGCUGCUCCUGCUGCACCUCUUUGACUCCUUCAAGCCCCCCACGCACACCGCCGCCCUCUUCUACCUUCUGUCUUUCUGUAAGAGCGCCACUGUCCCCUUGGCAACCGUGAGCAUCAUCCCCUACUGCAUGUCAGGAGCAUUGAGCAGUGUACAGAGCAAGAAGCAUCUGUGAGGUCGUUGACGGCUGACGCACAUAGACUUAUGUAUAUGGAGCUCACUCCAGAAUUGAACCGUGUUCACUGGUGCUUCAAUCCUUAAUCAUUCCAUAUAUUGACCUUCUUCCCAAAUAGCCAAAGAGAUGAACAAUCUAUUGUGGUCUUUGUCUACCAUACAUCCAGUCAGCCACUGUAAAUGUCUUAUUUUCCUAUAUACGCAGUGGACACUGAAAUGAAAGAAAUAUCCAGCGUAUUACUCAAGAGGCAAUUAAGACACUGAUUUAAUUGUAUAAAAAAAAAUCUAAUUUAGAAGUUAGUAGUUCAGUGCGAACUCAGGAGCCCAGAAAGUGAAUGUUUCCUUGCAGUUGCUUUGACUAAACCUCAUUUUGAAAAAGAUAAAGCAAACUAAAGUCCAGGAGAAUAUGAGCCCAAAACUUUAGUGGCCUGCUUUACAGUGUGUUCUAAGAAAGUAAUAUAUAACAAUGUUCAUAUUUGUUUUGUAACUGUGUUCUUCCUGUUAAAUAUUUUUGGAAAUGGUCAGAUAUUUAUAAUAAAAACCUUUCAAAUACA